UCUACUUUUCUUGGCAGAAAAAAAGAUGUCUAAUUCCAUUUUACUUCUCUGUCAUUUGUUUUUAGUUCAGCAGGAUGGCAGCAAGAAGUAUGUGGUUUACACACAGGGACAAACCUGGCGGAACAGUCAAGAUCUAUGCAGACAGAAGCACACUGACCUGGCAUGUGUGCAUACAGAACAGGAGAAUUUAGCGACUGGUGCAUUUUCCAACUCAGUGUGGAUCGGUCUGUUUAAAGAUUCCUGGUACUGGUCAGAUGGAACAAAGACCUCCUUCAGGUACUGGAAAAGAGGCGGAAGUUAUAGUGGAAACUGUGUUUCAGUGGAAGGAACACAGCAGGGACGCUGGAUACCAGCUGACUGUAACCAGAAAGCAACAUUCAUCUGUCAAGGAGGUCUCAAGCUAAAGAAGAUGGUCAUAAAGAUGAAGGUGCAGUCUGAUGUGGAUCUCACUGACUCCACUACUUCCAGUCUAAUCCUACAGAAGUUGGAGACAAUCCUGAGUGAACAAGGGCUGACUGAUGUCCAACUUAAAUAUGAACGUGUAUUUCAACCUCAGUUGAAGACCACUGAGAACACGGGAUGCUGAGUGCAGAAGUGCCAAUGUCGUUUUACAGCAACAUUAGUGGUUAUAGUGGUUUGUAGAGCUGAUGGAUGGAAACAGAUUAUUUAAAGAUUGUUGCUUUCCUCAGUAAAUUUAUUGACCCUAUACUUGUGUAGUUCAUAACAGCUGAUGUAUAUUCUAACCUACGUUAUUAAGCAGAGUAAACUUCUUACAAACACUGGAUCUUGUCUCCAAUUUCCCACUUAAGAUUUUUGGUCAUAAUAUUGUAACUAUAGAUGGGAAAUAGUUAUUAUGUAAUAUAAUAUUAAAUAUUGCAUUAAUUUGAAUUCAAAUUCAAAUCACUUUCAAACUUUGCGAAAUAAAGCACUUAAACGGCAAUGUCCAAAGCACUGGAAGACACAUUUUUCAAAGAUCAGCUUUAAAAAAAAUGUAUAAUAAAAAGUUUGCUUCUUCCAGUCAGUCAAAAAAAAAAUAUUUAUAGUUGUAACCAGACUGCUCUAUUACCUUGCUAGUGAAUUGAGACAGCCACCUCUCCUAAUCAUGUUUAUGGAGGCGUGUGGUCUGUCUACAAUAAAAUAACUU